AUGCAGCAACCAAUAUUACAUGUUGCGGUCGUUGGAUUUCAUCAUAAAAAAGGAUCAGAAUGGCAAAAUUUACCUUCGCUUGCUUUACCUGAUGGUGCUCAUAAUGUUGAUCAAGAUGUUAUUUAUUUUUUGUUACCAUCAUUAGAAAUGCCGAAUAGAGCAAUUUUCGGAAUUUCUUGUUAUCGUCAAAUAGCUGCUCAGGAUUUGUUGAAUAAAUCAAACGAUAUUACCCGGAGUACUGUUCAAAAAAGUGUUUGCGUAUUAUCAAAAAUACCUUUGUUUGGCGUAUUGACUGCAAAAUUGCAGUUGAUUACGCAAGCAUAUUUUAAUGAAAGGGACUUUACUAAGGUCGAAAUACUUUCUCAACUUUAUCAUAAUCUGUGUGAUAUGUUUUCUGAGGAAGUAAUUGAUGAUCAGGCUGCUUUAAUGGGUGAGCUCAUUUAUCAUAUCUCUGUCAGUUCGCUGGUUCUGUGCUUUAAACACCGAAUCCUUGUGCUAUUCAAACUACUGUUACUUGAAAGAAAGGUUUUGCUUGAUUUAAUGGUACUUUUAUUUAAACUUCUGACAAAUCUUGAAUUCAUAAAUUUUUAUUUGAGGCUAACGUGGCAUAGUUAUAUAUAUUUUAUAUAUGUAUUUAAAAUAUUUCAGGGCUCUUUGUUUCAUCCAUAUCUGAGCAUUAGUUAUUUGGAAAUGAUUCGAUCUGAUAAUAUUCGUGCUUAUUGUAUUGGAACCACGAAUGCACUUUUUAUUCAGCGUCGUGAUCUUGUGGAUGUCGUUGUCACGGUAUUCUUUCACUGUGAAAUAGAUAUUGUUAAUCAGGAAUUGCGCCGAUCACUUGCAUUAACUGCCGCGGAUUUACGUUUUAUUGAUUUUAUCAUUAAAAAUGUAGAAGCCAAUGUCAAAGCAACAUCUUGGGAAGGUGGCGAUGAAUGGAUUCGUUUGCAAAUGCGCACUUAUUUGCUAUCUCUUAUGGGUACUGUCCGUUCCGAAUUAAAUGAUUUUUUUAUCGAUUUUAACGAAAAUUUCGUAGAGCAGUGGAAACUUUCUAACAAUUAUCGAGUGUGGGUGAGUGGUGUAUAUCCAGACUUGGCAGGAACCAUUCCAGGCCAUCCAUUCGCCGGAAGUCUUGGAGUCUCAGACGUUUUUCUAAGAGUAGAACAUUCUAUCGGUAGUUCAGAAAGUGGCCGUCGAGUAGUUUCUGCUGUUGCAUCCACGGGCAAAUAUUUUUCUGAUACUAGCUCUAAGGUAAGGUCCAGUGUGUCUUCAUGGCUUCGUGGCAAUAACAGUCGAGGUUCACAAUCCAAAAUAUAA